AUGGCGUUCCUCGACGAAGAUUCUCAAGAACCGCUCAUAGGGCUCAAUGAGGCGAAAACGAGAGCCGCCUACCUGGCCGUUUUCCACGAGCUAGAGUCGAGGCGCUUCGACGUGAGCAAAGUGAUCGACGUUCUCAAAGAAGCCGGAAUGGGCCCUCAAGACGAGGCUACUCGCGAUGACGAGAUCCGGCGACUUUUGGAAAAGGAUUCCGACGACUACAUGGAUGACUAUGAUCAGGCCGCCCGUCGACUCGUCCCGGAACGAGACCACAUGAAGCAAGAAGGCUACGAGAGCAACCUGGGGAAACCAAGCUGCACAGCCCUUUUCCUCUACUCGCUGGCAGCGCCAAUGGUUGUCGUCUUGGAAGAUAACAAAGUCGUUAUCAAACGCGAGGAAAUCGAGCCGAUCGUCAAACGCCUGUUCGACAAGAUCACGGAAGAGCGAGACACCGCCACCGAAGCGGCUCAAGUUUGCGCAUUUGUGCGCCAGUUUGGCUUUAAGGCCGCUACGAAGGAGUUGCGCGACACGAUGUUCACGCCUCACGAUACCGAGCUGGCCGAAUACCUGAGCGAUGACGAUGAUGCGGCCGGUGAUUCGCAUGCCUGCCUCGGCAUCGGGGUGUCAAUCGAGGACCCCGCGGCUUUGCAUCGUUUCGUCUGUUUCCUGACGAAACCCAAAUCUACCUAUCCGGUCGAAGUGAUUUCGGGCUUUCAAACGACGUUGGCACUUGAUGGCAGCCGUUGCCUGCAAAUGCUCGACAAAUUCACCGCGAUCCUGCCCUCCCAUCCCGUCACACUGCGCCAAAGAUGGCUUUGCCUUUGGCCGGCCGGCGCCUCAUAUUCUCCAGCCGAUUACUUGGACAUCUAUAUGCACGCCCUUCCAAAGUUGAGGACGGUGCCGCGUCUGCGCCUCAAUCAAAUGUAUCACGAAAAAUCGGACUGCCUCGGAUCGCUGACAGUGAUCGAGCAACUCAUUCGAGAGAUUGUUAAGAAUACGCAAUCCAGCGCGCCGCGACAAGUUAUCGCAUUUCGCACUCUGCGCUACGUGGACGACGUGUCACAGGAGGAUCGUGCCGAAUAUCAGCGCGAAAUGGAUGUGAUGUUGAAUCGACUAAUCGAUACCUUCAAUAUCUCACCACCUUCAUACCCUCUUCAGAUGUACGUGGUGGAUAGCGUGGGCAGUGCUCGCAGCCGCCUGCCGGGAAGAGGGACGACCGUGUGGGCGACGGGCAUUCGGAUAAUGCUCGCGCUCAAUGACGCCGAGGAACACGCUCAACGGCUAAUCGAACAGGAACCAUGGCCGGCACCUAAUGUGUACGGCACCACUCUCCAUACCAACGAACCAGCAGACCGGCUGCGACUUCGAUGGAAUUCGUCGACGAUAUCCCCCUUCAAUACCGUU